AUGGCCUUCAACCCCUACUCAGACAACACAGGCUACAGCCAAGGCGGCUUUGAUAACAACAGCCAUAACAAUGACUCUCAAUUUGGAGGAAGUCAGGGAAAACCAAGUUAUACCAAACAAACCCUAGUUCCGGUAACUAUCAAAAUGUUGAAUGAGGCGUCUGUUGAGGGAGGACAGGAUGGUAAUUUUAUCUGGAAUGGUGUUGAAAUGGUGUAUGUGCGAUUUAUUGGAGUCAUUAGGGAAAUCGAUUCGAGUAACCCAGCUCACUCAAUGUAUAAACUGGAAGAUGGUACUGAAACUAUAGGUGUUCGAGUUUGGAACACUGACGCAGAUAUUGACCAAAUGGAACAUGAAAAUGAUUCAGAAUCUGGCUUCCAAAAACCAAAGCUAUCAAAGGAUGAUUAUGUUGAAGUGGUCGCUACAGUCAAAGAGUUCAAUAGUAAGAUCCAGAUUCAAGCACAGAGAAUGUCAAAGAUAGUGGAUUUUAAUAUGAUUCCGUAUCAUUUACUCAAUGUUGCGAAAAACUAUGUUAUGGUUCAAAAUGGAGGACCUCUUGCUAAUACAGGCAUUGCAUCUUCAUCUGCAGGUGCUGAUGCUUCCAGCUCGUUGUUUGUCAAAGAAGACGAAGCAUCUAGCUCGUUACCUAUUGCAAAACAAAUUCAUGCGUUCCUAAAGAAACAUGGUCAGACCAUGACAGAUGGUAUUCCAAUCCAAUAUAUAGUUCAAGAGACUAACUUUUCUAAAGAGCAGGUCGAACAAGCUAUGUCUGAACUGCUCGAUGAUGGUGCUGCUUUUUCCACAACUGAUGAUAACCAAUUCUUAGCUUUAUGA